GCCACCAAGUCACAAGUCACAACCGUUCCACCCAAUUCGGUUCCACCAUUUGCAAUUUCUGAACCAGGAACUGGUAAUCAACUAAUCACCCUCUGCACUUCCACCUUUAGCCUUCAGGGGACUCUCCAAUGGAGUUAAUCGUUUUCUCAAAACCCAGAAUCAUCGACCCCCAUAGCUUCUGCAUCUGCCAAUUCCUCGCACACCGCGAUCCCGGCUGGAAACGGCACAUCUCAAACCCCUCCAUACGCGCGCGCGCACCAGUCCACCACUUCCCAAUCAACUUCUUCCUUGCCCAAGAUGCUAUCAAUCAGAAGCUCAGUUGGCGUCAAGGCUUCAAAUUAAUCGUGCAGCUGGCAAAUCGCACACUGAAUAAUUUCACCACACGUUCCAGAUUUGUUGAAGUGGUGGUUAUUGUUCUUUCUGUCCAAGGAUAACACGAUAUGUUGCAGUAUCAUCCGAGAAGCUUUCAUAUCAGCACCAUCCAUUCAGAAAACACAGGUACGAGUCAAUCCCAAUUUCAAAUGCGGAAACUGCGAAUUACAUUUUAUGUGGUUGCCUUGCGGUUUGAAGCGGGAUUAUAACGAAUUCGGGUUAAAUAUUGCAUAGAGAUAAGAAAAAGAAAACACCAUAGUUUGGAACCUUUGAGUUUUGACACCUUUGGUUUCUCCAACCCAAGAACUAACAAAAGGUUUGAGUUCUACAUUAGCAAGUAUGGUGUGUCAACUUUGGUAUUUUGGGCACCUUAUGGUAGUGUAUUGUCUUGAUACGAAUUUGGCUCUAUCCCAUUUCGAAAUGAGGGCUACAUAAUUUAAAAUCGUUUUUAAAGAGCUACCAAUGUUGAUAUUAUAUUAAGAAUCUGCUCCUCCUCCGGAGAACGACACGGUUUUUGGUAAAAUACCCCUCCAUUUUUGUGUAACAAAACCACCUAGCACAUGGGAGGCAAAGUUCGCGCAACCCAGUAGAAAAACUGUCCCAAAUAACGUGCUGUUCUAGCACUUGUAGGAUGAAUGUGGUUAACGAUAACAUAGAUAGUACGAUCAGGGUUAAAUUUAAUCAUUUUCAGCAUUCCAAAGAGUCACACACAUAGACAUUAGAAAGGCUUGUAGAGUAUCUGGUGUUCCUCUGGAGAGUAGUUAAGAUCUUCCCCCGCCCUGGAAUUUCAUAGCUAAGCAUUCAUCCAUGGUCGUCAUUUGAUAACAUUGUCUGUCUCUUUGCUUUCCUGUCUAUUGGUUCCUUGAAUUGGUUAUGUUGCUAGCGCCUGGGGGUGUCUCUCCAAAUGAACAGAUCAGAAAGCUUCUUUUUCAAGUCUUCUUCUUCCUGUUCCAGAUAUGAGCCCCCUCUUCCGACUGGAGAGUACGAGGUUUUCCUUAGCUUCAGAGGUCCAGAUGUCCGCACAACUUUUUUUGAUUGUCUCUACAGUGUUCUGGCUCGUUCCAAGAUUAGAACCUUUAGAGACGAGGAAGAGCUUCGUAAAGGGGAACAGAUUGCCCCCUCCCUUGUCCAAGCUAUUAUCCAGUCAAAGAUUCACAUCCCAAUUUUUUCCCAGAGCUACGGUUCCAGCAAGUGGUGCCUUCAAGAGAUGGUGGAGUGCUGGAAGCAGGGGAAAGGACACCUCAUAGUCCCAUUUUCUAUUUUGUGAACCCUAGAGAUGUGAGGCAUCAAGAUGGUCCUUUUAAGGAAGCAUUUGAGCUGCAUGAUCAGAAACAUGAUGCAGCUACUGUAAUUGAAUGGAGGGAAGCCCUCCAAGAGGUUGGAAAAAUGAAAGGAUGGACUGUCCACAAAUCUGAUGGGUGAGGAUAGAAACCACAUAUGAGAGAGUUUUGUUGGUUCCACACUUUCUAUGCAUUUAAUUUAAUUGCUUGUUGCACGAUGACUCUUUCUUACUGUUCAUUCCGGUUUGCAAGCAAGGAGCUAUAAUAGACGCGGUUUUCUCGCGAGUCGACUCAUAUCUGAUGAGGAGUUACAAGUUGGUAGCUAAUCAAAACUUGGUUGGGAUUGAUUUUCAUGUUGAGCAGGUGGUGAGAUUACUGAACCUGGAUAACUCUCAAGGCGUGAAAAUUGUUAGCAUUCAUGGUAUAGGUGGCAUUGGUAAACCCACUCUUGCCAAGGCUGUUUAUGACGAGAUCUAUCCUCAUUUUGAUCAUUGCUGCUUUCUGGAGGAUGUACGUGAAGCAUUGACCAAGAAUGGUAAGGGCCUAUUAAGUUUGCAGAACAAGGUUAUCUCCAGCAUAUUGAGACAUAAUGAUGAUCCAGUUGAAGAUGCUGAUGCGGGUAUUCACGUGAUAAAAGAUAGGGUCUGCAGACACAAAGUGUUUCUCGUUCUUGACGAUGUUGAUGAGAUAAUUGAGUUUGUCAAAACAUUAGGAAAACUAGAAGAUUUUUCAGCAGGAUGUAGAAUUUUGAUCACAACUAGAGACAAAGUUUUGAACUUGCAUCAAGAAUAUAAGUUGUAUGAACUUGGAGAGAUGCGUCAUGACUAUUCGCUUCAACUAUUUAGCAAGCAUGCCUUUGGAAUGGACUACCCUCCAGAAGAUUAUGCUGCUCUGUCAGACAAAUUUGUUCAAGCUUCAGGAGGCCUGCCGUUGGCGCUUAAGGUCAUAGGGGCGCUUUUGUUUCGCAAGGGUCAAAAGGUUUGGGAAGAAAAGUUGUUGGAAUUAGAAGAAGUCCCUCCUAGUAAGAUUCAAGAAAGGCUAAAAAUAAGU